AAUGGCGCAUACAGAAAGUUUUUAGUUCCAGAGCUUUAUCUACCGUCGCUGAGUAAAUCAUUUAUUCUAUAGGCUACAUUUGAUUGCCUGCUGUAGCAAUCAUUUGUCAUUCUCAAAACAAAACGGAGGAAUCUUCAAUCUAUGGACCUGUGUUCACCACCAGCAACAAAAUGAAGACGUUUUAUGUUUUUACGUGUUUGUUUUUGUAUCCAACAUCUGCUUUAACAGGUUCUCAUUCUCUUUGUUUGCAUUCAACAUACAUUAAAGGAAAAACCCUAUUUCCUGAAUUUAGUUACACGUUGAUGUUGGAUGACGUCGUAGUUGGACACUUUAAUUCAAACAACUGGACAUAUGUACACAGAGGAAAUACUACAGAUGAAGAUGAUGUGAUUGACCCGCAACAUAUCCGCAUCAUAAGUAAAUAUAUGUAUGAUGAUUAUGUGGACAGAUGGAUUGUGCUGGACAAAGGUAAUCUUACAGUUGACAUUUUGGUUCAUCAAAAAAUUAUUCUAUGUGAACUUCUGGACAAUGCCAAGGCUGGACAAAUGAUCACCAGGAGUGCUUCCAAGGGCUUCACCACAGAUGAGUUGGGUUAUUUGGAUGGCAAGUUCACUUACCAAGGAACAUCUUAUAUCACACAGCAAGAGCUCAAUACACAUCUGCAACUGUCCAUGUGGCGUCAUGAAAAUUUGUACUACCCAGCUUGCAUAAAAACUCUGAAAGAUUACCUUAAAAAGAGAGGAAAUCAAGUUAACAGGAAAGUGAAACCACGAGUCAGACUCAUUCAGAAAGCUUCCGAUUUUGGAGGGUUUGUAGUGAGUUGUUUGGCGACAGGAUUUUACCCUCGUCAUAUCAACCUGACCCUAUUGAGAGAUGGACAGCCUGUAUCUGAUCAUGAGCUCACUGGAGGAGAUUUGCUGCCCAAUGGAGACGGGACGUACCAGAUGAGGAAGAGUCUGGAGAUCAGAGCAGAGGAGAGAGAAAAACACAAAUACUCCUGCACUGCCAAACUACUCAAUCUCGACAACAAGCUAGACAUUGAUUUAGAGUUUGAUCACAAUGAACCAUUUAAAUCAGUGAUCCCUUUAAUUGUGAUGGUUUUGGUUCUGAUGUUGGUUGUUGGAGUUGCAGCUCUGAUAUGGAAAAGACGAAGAGCAGGUCAUAUGGGACUACGUGGAAAUGAACUGGCAGAUGAAACUGCAAAAAAGGCUAUCUCCUUGAAUCAUCUGAAGAAAAUUCUGAAGAACAGCAACGGAACAGGUCAGAGCUGGUAA